AUGAGCCACCUUCCUUUCUUCAUCAUCUUCUUUGUUCUAACUAUAAACACUAUAUCACUAACAAUCACUAACUCCUGUGACGACUCACUGUGGAGCUCUAGUCUCACAAAUGAUUACAAUGUAACCCUUGUACUCAGGGUUGAUAAAAAAAAUUGUGGCAACUUUUCAACUAUUCAAGAAGCCGUAAACAAUGUGCCUGAUUCAAGUUUACAAUUUACUCUUGUGAUUAUUGACUCGGGCAUCUACAGGGAGAAGGUAGUAGUUAAUGAGAAAAAGACAAAGUUGAUUAUUCAAGGUCAAGGCUAUCCUAAUACAAUUAUAGAAUGGGGUGAUUUUGGAAAUCGGACUGGAACCUUCGACAGUUACACUUUUGGUGUCUUUGCCUCAGAAUUCAUUGCCUACAAUAUCAGUUUUAAGAACACUUUUCCUCGACCUCCGUCACAAGGAGCUAAAGGAGCCCAGGCAGUUGCACUGAGGGCUAAUGGAGACAAAGCAGCAUUUUACGGAUGUGGAUUUUAUGGUGAGCAAGACACCCUUCAUGAUGACCUAGGAAGACAUUACUACAAAGGAUGUUUUAUUCAAGGAUCCAUCGAUUUUAUAUUCGGAAAUGCAAGGUCACUUUAUGAGGAUUGUUUCUUAAACUCUGUAGCAAACUCCGACUGGGUUGGUGAUGGAGGAUAUAUCACAGCCCAGGGACAGAAUUCAACUACAGAUAACUCUGGAUUCUCAUUUGUGAAUUGCAACAUCAGUGGUACUGGGAGAAUAUUGCUCGGAAGACCUUGGAGACUAUAUGCCAAAGUCAUUUUCUCAACCACUUACAUGUCUACAGUUGUAAGUCCUAUUGGAUGGAAUGACAUGGUUGGCGAUAACUCAGCAAACCAGACUGUGUUUUUUGGAGAGCACAACUGCAAGGGACCUGGAGCACAAACAGCAUCCCCUCCAAGAGCCUUUUUCGGAAAGCAGCUCAAGGAUAAUGAAGCUGCUCCUUACAUCAAUAUUUCAUAUAUUGAUGGAAUUGAAUGGCUUCAUCAGAUUUAG